AUGACUCUAGAACUUCGAGAAGGUACCGUAGCGCUAUCCCCAACGGCUUCGGGUGGAACAGAACUUCCUCCCGAGAGCAUCACCAACGAGUCCUGGUGGCAAACAGGUAACGAUACGGUGGCUAAGGAGCCGUACGUUGGUGCUUACGAGAUCUUGGGGAUGUUAUGGAUCUCCGUACCAACCAUCCUUACGUACGGUAUCACGUUUGUGGUAGGGACGUUAGGGAACGCGCUGGUGUUAUUCUGCACCGUUCGAUACAAGCGACUACGGGCGGCCACAACCUACUACCUGGCCAGUCUGGCUGCGGCAGACUUGAUCAUCUGCUUCGCCUGUGUGCCGAUCCGAACGGCAGAGUACUUCCUGCCGCAGUGGGAGCUGGGGCUCUUCAUGUGUAAGGCCAUCGCCUAUGUGCAGAUGUCGUCUGUUGUCUGCUCCGUCUUGACGCUAACCGCCAUCUCAAUAGAGAGGUAA